AUUUGUUCAAUCAACAUUCUCUGCGACGUAAAUUGAUACCCAUGGCAGGGAGUUAGUGCAGAAUAAAGCGAAAGCCUCAAGUUGUGGCGUCGCGCAAAAGAGAGCGAGAGACAGAGAGAGAUGGGGGAGAAGCGGAGGGUGGGGGUGGCGAUAGAUUUCUCAGCGACGAGCCGGGCGGCGGUGCGGUGGGCGGUCGAGAACCUCGUCGAGGACGGCGACACCAUUAUUGCCAUCCACGUCCAAUCCAGCAAGGCCGAGACAGCCCAGAAGAAACUCUGGGGGAACACCGGAUCUCCACUGAUUCCAUUGGAAGAACUCAGGGAGAUGAAUUUGCCCAAGCUAUACGGCGUUAAUCCAGAUCCUGAAAUCCUCGACCUCCUCGAUUCUGCCUCCAGAACAAUGAAGGUGAAGGUGGUUUGCAAGAUCUAUUGGGGUGAUCCAAGGGAGAAGCUCUGUGAUGCGGUUGAGGAUCUGAAGCUUGAUUGCCUUGUGGUCGGCAGCAGAGGAUUAGGAGUUCUCAAAAGAUUGCUGCUUGGGAGUGUCAGCAAAUACGUAGUGACCAAUGCCACAUGUCCUGUUACAGUUGUGAAGGGCGCAGCUACACCGAAGACUUGAAGCAGAAUGAAGAUGGAGAUGUGGUUAUUGUAUUGUAAUUAAUAAUAUGGAUUAUUAUGUGUGUAGUAUAAUUUUACUGGAAUAUUAGCUUUGUUUGUAUCGGUGUGAUAAAAUCUUUAUUAUUGAACUAUUAACAGGGGACAGAAUAU